GGGCCGCUGGGCGCCUGCGCGGAAGGUGGUGGUGGUGGCGGCGGCAGCAGCGGCAGCGGCAGUGGCAGUGCCGGGCGGUGAAGUUGGUCAAAGCGCCGGUGGUAAAAUGUGAUAACAAGGACUGAAGUCUGUACCUUGUUCACGUGACGCGUUCCUUGCCUUGGAACCAUCUGCAGUGGAGAUAUCCCUGUCCAUGUGUGUAAGAGAGAUAAGAAGGGUGUCAAGAGCUGCCCCAGCCGCUGUACCGUGCUCUUCCUCUGAUACUUCUGAGGCCAGGACAUUGAUCUUUUCUGCUAUAUCCCAUGGCUUCAGCAGCGGAGCAACUUCAGACAGCAUAAACUUAAAUCGUCUCAGAAGGACAAGGUCCGUCAGUUUAUGGCAUUUACCCAGGCUGGGGAAAGGACUGCUAUAUACUGCUUGAUGCAGAAUGAAUGGAAACUAGAAGUGGCAACAGACAACUACUUCCAGAAUCCAGACUUGUACUACAAAGAAUCCAUGAAGAAUUCGGUAGACAGGAAGAAAUUAGAACAGUUGUAUAAUCGAUACAAAGACCCACAAGAUGAAAAUAAAAUAGGCAUUGAUGGAAUACAACAGUUCUGUGAUGAUUUAAGCCUGGACCCAGCCAGUAUCAGUGUUCUGGUUGUAGCGUGGAAAUUCAGAGCGGCUACUCAGUGUGAAUUCAGUAAAAAGGAAUUUGUAGAUGGCAUGACAGAGCUGGGGUGUGACUCCACAGAAAAACUAAAAGCUCUAUUGCCACGACUGGAACAAGAGCUGAAAGAUGCAACAAAGUUCAAAGAUUUUUAUCAGUUUACUUUUAACUUUGCAAAAAAUCCUGGACAAAAAGGUUUAGAUCUAGAAAUGGCAAUCGCAUACUGGAAUUUAGUCUUGUCGGGAAGGUUUAAAUUUCUAGAUCUUUGGAAUAAAUUCUUGUUGGAACAUCAUAAAAGAUCAAUUCCAAAAGAUACUUGGAAUCUUCUGUUAGACUUUGGAAAUAUGAUUGCAGAUGAUAUGUCCAACUAUGAUGAAGAAGGAGCGUGGCCUGUUCUUAUAGAUGAUUUUGUGGAAUAUGCACGACCGGUAGUCACAGGAGGAAAGCGUAAAACUUCCUAACCCCUCAUCAAGACUCAUCAAUGCGGACUAAAUGCGCAGUCUGAACUGCAUUAGGUAACGAAGAUUUGUCGGCUGAUAGCUGUGCACAUCGUUGCUGGUUUCAGUGGUCAUGGUGAGAUUCCAGAGACAAAACAGAAAUUCUUCCUUUCUGCCUAAAGAAAAUGAUGGCUGAGUCGUGGACGCUUUGUGAACAAGCUCAGAAGAUGGUCCAGGCUGACUGUAGGCUAUUGGCUUCAAUUAUUGUACUGGUUGUAUCAUAUAGGAUGUAGAUUUUGCAUGAUUUUAUACUUUGGAGAAGUUUAACUAGAGGCCAUUUUAUUAAAGUUUUGACAGCACAGCAUGCCAUUGAGUUCAUGAUCCAAGGUGAACACCAGCAGUUAAAUAAAUAAAACUGUAUUAUAUUGUACUUAUAUUAAAAGCAGUAUUUGUGGUAUAUAAAUUAAAUCCCUAAAUAAAA